UUAUGAUGGUACCUCCUAAGGUUUCAUCAAAAGAAGAAGAUCCAUUUUAAUUAAUGUUAUUAGAUGAAUGCCCUAAAAGAUGUUCAGAACAUGGUGUAUGUAUUGAAAAUGAAUGCUAUUGUUGGUUUGGUUAUACUGGGGAAUGGUGUUAAGCUGAAAAAAUAAGUGAUUUUUAUUUAGGAUGGACAAAAAAGUAAGUGAUUUAAGCAUGCAUUAUCAGUUUCAUUGUAGGAUUGAUUAUUGGUUAUGGUAUAGUAUUAUUAAUGAAAAAGAGAGGAAACAAUGAUGAAUUUAGAAAUAUGACUGAAGUUUCAAGUCAAAAAAUUGAUGACAAUGAAGGAGAAGUAGAAGAAUUAAUUAUAUGA